AUGGUCCAGGUCCAGGUCCUGCUCACCUUCCUGAUGCUGUCAGCCUGCCUGGGCGACGUGGUAACUCCACGGGUACACGCACUACGGACCAACAUGCUGAAGGAGAGCAUCAGGCUGCUGGACCAGCUCCAGCAGAUGGAGGUUUCCUGUAACAAGAUGAAUGUGACAAAUAUUUUUGAGGAUUAUAAGAGAGGUAACAAUAUGGAGACAUUAUGCAAAGCUGCCACAAUUGCUCAGGAGGGCCAGAGCUGCCACAGGUACCUCGAGGGCGUUUACCACAACUUGCUCAGCCUGGUCUGGGGGAGAAGAGCAAGGCACAAGCCAUGUCCUGUGGCAGCAGGCAGCACCACCUCACUGAAGAAUUUCCUCAAGGAAUUACAUCAAGUCCUUCAAGAAGAGUAUAAGAGUUCAAAGUGA